UCUCACCGUUUCUCUCUCAUAAUUAGUGUGUCGACUUUCAUUCAUUCUCAGACACUGCUUCUACGGCAAGAUUCCAAGCUCGAAGUUCUCCCCGUCGUGUUGGACCAUCACAUCAUUGAGCUUUCCAAACGACCUGCGCUGUGACAUUUUGCGGGGGAGCUGCUCCGAGCAUCGCAACCCUUCCCUCUUCCUACGAAGCUCGCCUACCGUUUUCUUCACGACAACUUCAGACCGUCGAGAUGAACGGAGAUACGGGGAAACGAGAUAUCAAGAACCAUCUGCUGUUCGAGAUCGCAACCGAAGUCGCGAAUCGAGUGGGUGGUAUCUACUCCGUACUCAAGUCAAAGGCUCCUGUGACCACGGCGGAAUAUGGCGAAAGAUAUACGCUUAUCGGGCCUCUGAAUAAGAAUUCGGCCGCUGUCGAAGUUGAAGAACUCGAACCUCCUGCCGGCCCCUUACGCGAGACCAUCGCAUCUAUGCAAGAGCGAGGAAUCGAGGUCAUGUAUGGACGAUGGCUGAUCGAAGGCGCUCCAAGAGUUCUGCUCAUCAAUACCGGAACGGGCUACCGCUGGCUUGACGAAUGGAAGGCAGACCUCUGGUCAGCAGCGGGAAUCCCUUCGCCUGUUGGUGAUCAUGAGACAAAUGAGGCCAUUGUAUUUGGUUACCUUGUCGCCUGGUUCCUUGGUGAAUUUCUCUCCCGCGAGACGAGCCGUGCCAUAAUUGCCCACUUUCACGAGUGGCUUGCUGGUGUCGCCCUUCCCCUGACCAAGAAGCGUCAGAUGGAUUUGACUACUAUCUUCACAACGCACGCUACGCUACUUGGUCGUUACUUGUGUGCUGGUUCUGUGGAUUUCUAUAACAACCUUCAAUGGUUUGAUGUCGAUGCAGAAGCUGGAAAGCGAGGGAUCUACCACAGAUACUGCGUCGAAAGAGCCGCGACCCAUUCUUGCGACGUCUUCACCACUGUUUCACACAUUACCGCCUUCGAAAGUGAGCAUCUCCUAAAGCGAAAGCCGGACGGUGUCUUGCCCAAUGGGCUGAAUGUCAAGAAAUUCUCGGCAGUUCACGAAUUUCAGAAUCUUCACUCUGUACAGAAAGAGAAGAUACACGAUUUCGUGCGAGGUCACUUCUAUGGGCACUUGGACUUCGACUUGGACAACACCUUGUACUUCUUCACAGCUGGAAGAUAUGAAUACCGAAACAAGGGCGUUGACAUGUUCAUUGAGUCCUUGGCACGGCUGAAUCACAGACUCAAGGUUACAGGCAGUAAGACGACCGUUGUUGCAUUCAUGAUCAUGCCGGCACAGACGACCUCGCUGUCCGUAGACUCUUUGAAAGGUCAAGCUGUCACAAAAGCGCUGGCCGACACUGUCUCCAACAUCGAACGCGGCAUCGGCCGGAGACUGUUCGAAAGAUCUGUGCACUGGAAAGAAGGAGAUGGCAUGCCGGAUGACAAGGAGCUCAUCACGCCGGCCGAUCGGGUCAUGCUUCGACGUCGACUCUUUGCCAUGAAAAGACACCAGUUGCCACCAAUUGUCACGCACAACAUGGUCAAUGACUCAGAGGACCCUGUUUUGAAUCAGUUGCGCCGCGUUCAAUUGUUCAACCAUUCCUCUGAUCGUGUCAAGGUCGUCUUCCACCCCGAAUUCCUGAACUCAGCCAACCCAGUCCUAUCGUUGGACUAUGACGAUUUCGUCAGAGGUACUCACCUCGGGAUCUUCGCUUCAUACUAUGAGCCCUGGGGAUACACACCAGCAGAGUGUACUGUCAUGGGCGUCCCCUCCAUCACUACCAAUCUCUCAGGUUUUGGUUGCUAUAUGGAAGAGCUGAUUGAGAACUCAUCCGAUUAUGGCAUUUACAUUGUGGAUCGGAGAAACAAGGGGGUGGAUGACUCGGUCAACCAAUUAACAGAUUACAUGUACGAUUUCGCCAACAAAAGUCGAAGACAACGCAUCAAUCAGCGUAAUCGUACAGAGCGUCUAAGUGACCUUCUUGAUUGGAAGCGCAUGGGCAUGGAGUACGUCAAAGCCAGACAAUUGGCUCUUCGACGCGCCUAUCCAGACUCCUUUGAAGAUGCUGAUGAAUUUGACGACAUCAUUGGGGGCACUGAGCAGAAGAUCUCCCGACCUUUGUCGGUCCCUGGAUCGCCCAGAGAUCGAUCUGGUAUGAUGACACCUGGAGACUUUGCAUCAUUGCAGGAAGGCAAAGAGGGUCUCAGCACAGAGGACUACAUUGCCUGGCGGUUACCUGAGGAAGACGAACCGGAAGACUACCCUUUUCCCCUGACGCUCAAGUCCAAGAAAGGCUCUGAGGCCAACUCUCCCGCGCCACUUGUCGGUGGCAUGAACGGGAACGGUUCGUGAAGAGGACUUACUGGGUAGUCAGGAUGUAGCGAGAUUGGAUAUCUCACAUUGUGAAGGGGACAGGAACGUCAGCUGAGUUGCACCAGGCACUGGAAGAAGAGGUUAUUACC